AAAUCUCUUUUUGACAGCUCAAUUCACAAGGCGACCUCCCACCGCACACAAGGUUCACCGAGAGAUUGAGAAGGAGGGGUGGACUGGCAACUGUCCCAGCCCAGGUGAUGUUGUGUCUAAAUGGAGACCAGCAGUUAAACUGGCUGUUGAAAACGACCCGAAAAUAAUAAGGAUGGUCACCAGACAGAAAUGGUCAGGUCUGGCCAUCAAGGAUUUUGGUGGAAACAAAGGCCAAGGAGUUGUUGCCACCAGGAAAUUUCCAAAGGGAUCGAUGAUCUGUGAUUAUCGUGGCAAGGUGAUCACAAGAGCAGAGGUACAGGAGCUGCAGACGUCCAUCCAGGAGAGCAUGUGCUACCUGUUCUUCUUCAAAGCUGGCGGCCAGCAGCUCUGUAUUGACGCCCAGACCUUCCCCUGUGAGUGCCACCCGGACAUGGACACAUUUGGCCAGAAAAUCAACCAUUCCAGGAAACAUUGACACUGAGCAACUUUUUUUUUAACUGCACUGUUUUUUUCCCUUCCACUUAUAUUGACAUGUAGGGGGGCGGCCCCUGAUCUCAAUGGGUUUUUUACCUGGUUAAAUAAAGAGAAGUGUGCAGGUGUGUGGGGGUUAGGGUUUUGAUGAUAGCAUUAGAUAUCUGUGGCAAUUCUAGAUGAUGCGUGCAUUCCAAUGAUGCCAAAGAUGUAUGUGUCAGAGCAACACACAGAGGAAACAAUCAAGAUUCAUAUAGAUUCAUCAAAGAAAAUAAUCAGCAGAUUCAACUUCAGAUGUAUUCAAACAAAGAUGUAUGCACUGAAGUACACUGACACUCACACACACACAGGGUCCUGUAACCACAAUAUAUUAUAUUUAAAAUAUUUGGGCUACUGCACCCAGGCCAGAGAAUAGUGUUGAAAAUGUUUAGUGUUCACAUUUCUUUUUCUUGUUACUCCCUGCAGCAUGUGCCAUUCAUUUUGGUUAGUGAGAAAUAAAUGAUGGUACAAGCAGGUCCACAUUUCCCCCUGUCAUUCUCUCCUCAUCUCAUUCAAAUGUGUUAAAAAUUAGUUAAAAAUUAGUUUUAUUGUUCAAAGUGUUAUUUACUGUUUGAUUGUGUGCAGAUAAAAUGUUAUAUCAUGUAGUGGUAGUUUAUUUAUAUAUAUUUUUUGUUCAGCAUAUCAGAUGUUAAAAAUUAGUUUUAUUGUUCAAAGUGUUAUUUAGUCAGGGAGUUGGAUGAUUUGAUAUGUGGUCGAUUCUUUUCAAGCAAAUGUGACACUUGAUUGCUGUAAUGUUUGCUUUAACCCUUGUGUUCUGUUAAGGAUCUUAAUAAAAAAAA